GUUCUUGGCGGGCUGACUCCGUGGGAGAUAUACGGCCACAAAAUCCAACUGCUUUUACCUCCCUCUCGUUUCCUGUGGACACGACCAUUGCUUGCUUCCUGCUCAUGCCUUCAUGGCUUGCAAGCUCUUCUUCACUCCCAUUCCUGACUUUCCCCUCGCACGUAGAAAAUUUUCCAAGUUCCCGCAAAGAAUUUCACUGAAUAUCUCUCCUGGGUAUUGCUCUUUCAAGUUCCUUUCAAGCUCCAGAAGAGUAUUUUCGUCUUCAUUAGUUGUUCACGCUGCGAAAGAAGAAGUGAUUCAAUCACCAAAUUCAGUUUCUACCCUUGAUUCUAAAACUACCCUUCCUUCAUCCUCCAAGCUCGUUCUUGUUGUUGGCGGUACUGGCGGUGUUGGGCAGUUGGUAGUGGCAUCAUUGCUUGACCGGAAUAUUAAGUCACGCUUAUUACUACGAGAUCCUGAAAAAGCAACUGCACUGUUUGGCAAACAAGAUGAGGAGACAUUGCAGGUACUUAAAGGGGACACUCGGAAUCCAGAGGAUCUAGAUCCAUCAAUAUCUGAGGGAGUCACACAUGUGAUAUGCUGCACUGGAACAACAGCCUUUCCUUCAAAGCGAUGGGAUGGAGAUAAUACACCAGAAAGAGUAGAUUGGGAGGGUGUGAGAAAUCUCGUUUCUGCAUUGCCUUUGUCAUUGAAGAGAAUCAUUCUUGUUUCAUCAGUUGGUGUAACCAAGUUCAAUGAAUUGCCUUGGAGCAUUAUGAAUCUCUUUGGUGUUCUCAAGUAUAAGAAGAUGGGGGAGGAUUUUGUUCGUCAGUCUGGUCUUCCAUUCACCAUCAUUAGACCUGGUAGAUUAACAGAUGGACCUUACACAUCAUAUGAUCUAAAUACCCUGCUCAAAGCUACUGCUGGGCAACGGCAUGCAGUUCUUAUUGAUCAAGGUGAUAAACUUGUGGGAGAGGUAAGCAGACUUGUAGUCGCUGAAGCUUGCAUUCAGGCAUUGGACAUAGAAUUUACUGAAGGUCAAAUUUAUGAAAUCAACUCAGUUGAGGGUGAUGGCCCUGGCAGUGAUCCUCGGAAGUGGCGAGAUCUAUUCAAAGCUGCUGAAGCCCAAGAUUGAGUAUUAUACUAAACAGAGAAUAAACUUCAUAAACUUUGAAGCAGUUAUAAUGGAUUUUCCUUUCAGUGUUUAAGUCUUGUAUGUAUCGCGUAUGUAUAUAUAUGAGUUUUAACAGCUUUCACAUACUCUGGAUCUCUCUGUAUUUGUUUCAGUAAAGUUUGCAGGAUAAGCAUUACAAACCAA